AUGACGUAUGAUGGCAGUAAAGGAGUAACCUUCACUCACACACAGAGAGGACGUGUGCGCGAGUCACGAGUGGGAAGAAGACACACAAGUCUGAAGAAGGCCGUUAGAAGCGUGUGAACAAAAGAACACAAAUCAUGCCUGCAGACAUUGCGAAAGGUAAAAAGGCAUUUGUCCAGAAGUGUGCCCAGUGCCAUACAGUGGAAGAAAAUGGGAAGCACAAGGUUGGACCUAACCUGUGGGGUUUGUUUGGACGCAAAACAGGCCAAGCACCAGGUUUCUCCUACACUGAUGCUAAUAAAAGCAAGGGCAUCAUCUGGGGUGAAGACACCCUGAUGGUUUAUCUGGAGAACCCCAAGAAAUACAUUCCAGGAACAAAGAUGAUCUUCGCUGGCAUCAAAAAGAAGAAUGAGCGUACUGACCUCAUAGCAUAUCUAAAGUCUGCAACUUCCUAACGAAGUCUUCCACUUAACCGUUGCUAGUUUUUGCAUCUGGACAAACUGCUCAAGAGGCUUGUGAUUAGUUUUUUAACAACAAGCAGUCUUGAGUGGUGUUGACAUAAGUUGCCAUUUUUUGUCACAGCUUUUGUUUCUGAUAUCUGGUCCAAUGUUGUGAUUGACGGAAUUUUAUUCCCUGGUUUUAACAGGUGCCUUUUUUGUACCAUUAAAUUAUCAGACCCUAUACUGUGCAUUCUGAAUGUAGAAACGAGAAGCUGUGUAUUAUAUUUGCCAACUGACUGUCAUCUAGUAUUUAGUGUGUCUCUAUUUUCAUGAUUUAUUCGAGAUGUCUUAAUUUUGUUUCCCCUGUUCCUAAUUUGAUGACACACCAUUGGUCUUAAUAUGUCCCCCUUGAAUUUGCAAGUUGAAUAAAACUAAACAUUGACUUUGAAA